AUGGACGACUUGAUGAAACAUAACCUUCUCAAAUGCUUCAUCGUCUCUCUCAUUCUCACUCUCGUCUUCCUCAUAUCACCAUCAUCUUCGAAUCAAGAAACAAGACGAGUAUCAACACAAGAGAAAAACACCUAUCUCAACGGCUACGAGGAAUCGCCGCAUCAACUCGUUUACAUCAAGAAAACGACGCCGUUUAUCUUGAACCCCCGGCAACGAGAUCACCACCGUCGUCUUCGUUACAAUCACCACUACUACUACUAUCGCCAUAACAUCCGUCGCCGUGGUCUUGAAUUUCAUCGUCGUGCCGACUACUUCAAGAUGAUGAUCAAGAAGAGUAAUAACGGUUUAAAUCGUCCGGUCCGACCGGAUAUUUUCUCGGUUAUGCUUCCUAAAGGAUUCGUACCACCUUCCGGUUCAUCUCCUUGCCAUAACCAGAACCCUAAUUCCGCUACCACUCUCUACUGCGAUCUCUCUACACAACCUUAG